CAAACCUACAAUCAGAACCCGGGCUACUCGAAAACUUCGGUUCCCAAAUCCCAACGAAAACAAACUUUACAGAACCUAAUCCGGAUGACACAGUGCGUUACAAUGGCAUCGGACAUCAAGACGCUGGUAUGUUUCCGAAUGUUGGUUUAUUACUUAAUACAUACCGGCGAAGUGCGGACAUUAAAAUUGUCAAGUCAUGUUGGCUUUGACAGUUUGCCUAAUCAGAAGUACCUACAAGAAGAAUUAAAAAUGAAGCGCUCUCUGCAAAAUUUCCAUGAUACACGGAUUCAUGUGUGUCUGUAUUUCAUUGCUCUAACUGCCUCAAAUCGCUUGAUGUUGUGGCUNGUCACAAAGACAGAGUUGCAAAAGUUCAAAGCAAGGAUUCUAUCUGAAAUUCAAUCUAAUGAGAUAAGCAUUUACCAAUUUCCAACGGAUGAUGAAACCGUGAGUGAUGUCAAUACCAAAAUGAACCAACAUGUUCCAUUUGCGGUUGUCGGAAGUGGGGAAGAGAUCAAAAUCAAUGGGAAGAAUACCCGUGUCCGGCAGUAUCCGUGGGGUGCGGUGCAAGUGGAUAAUGAAGCCCACUGCGAUUUCGUUCGCCUUCGAGAAAUGCUGCUUCGAAUAAACAUGGAAGACUUGCGUGAACGUACACACACGGUAAACUACGAAACGUAUCGUCGACAACGGUUGAUUGAGAUGGGCUUUCGAGAUGACGAGAAGAUGUCAUUACAGGCAGGUGUAUUUUAUUACUUUCAUUUCAGUAAAGACAGUUUGAUUUGUUCUCAUUGUAUCCGAGAAUUCCAGAGAUAUCAACAAAACGGCAUUGCAGUCAGGGAACGGGUAAACCGGUCAGUGCUGUACAAAUUUAUGCGAAGAAACCGGCAAAGUACCCCAUUCACUCUUGCCCUAUCUAACCCCAGCCACUUCAUCUGCAGAAGUGGCGGAAAUGUUCCGGUUCCAUUUCGACAAAAUCUUUAA